AUAAAACAGCUGAGCGUAUAUUGAAUGCGCAUAUCGAUAUUCACAGAGGUCGCGGCGUUGCCAGAUAACAUAAACAGCUGAUUCCCGCGAACGACGCGAAUUGUUAAGGGAAAUAAGUAAAUAGCUGGUUUGAUUUGGAAAAUGAUUUAAAAAAUGUCGACGCGCUGUCGUACCUGUGGCAAAAUUAUUUAUUGUCUAAACUCAAAGAAUUUAUUUCAACAGCCCGACAACAUCAUGCUACACCAAAUUGCAGCGUUAACUGGAAUUUUUCUACCAGAGCAUAUGGAAUUUCCUGAACAUAUUUGCGGACCCUGCGAAGUAGCGCUGCGCGAAGCCAUCGUAUUUCGCGAACGCAUUAUAAAAACACAACAGCUGCUUUUAAAUAGCAACAACAUUGCGGAUGCGUUCCAAAAAAUUGACAAGGCUGAAGUGGACAAGCUGGACAAGCUGGAGAGAGAUGGUGAAGAGGUGGAGCUAUUUAACACAUAUGAGGACAUAACAGAAUACGAGUGUGAGGAAUACGAAAGCUCGGAAGAUGUAGGGGAGGCAAAUGAAGAUUACUCAGCGAAUGAUCAAUCCGAUGAGUCCGUGCAGACCACGAAAACCGAUGAGCCAGCGUUAGAACCGCCUGCAAAUGUGCCUGCGUCAAUGCCAAAUACGCCACGCCGACCGGGCAGACCACCUUCCAAACUGUAUGCCACGGUCAACUUUGCGACCAACGCUAGGAACACGCCUCGUAUAAACUGGAGCAAGCUGUCGGAGGAUGAGAUAGUGGCACUUAAGCGCGAACGCCGCAAGCGUGACUGCAUCUGCGAGCUGUGCGGCCGGCAUUUUACCUGCCCCAGCAACUUUAAGGUGCAUCUGCUGCGGCACACGGGCGUAAAAAACUUCUCCUGCAAACAGUGCCCCCUGAAGUUCUAUACGCCGCACUUGCUGCGGCGCCACGAGCUGGCGCAUCUAUGUGAGAAGCCAUAUCCCUGCCAGUACUGCGGCCAAACAUUUGCCGAUCACAGCGGACGCAUUCAGCACGAACGCAACCGCCAUACGAAUUAUCGGCCUUACAAAUGCACCAAAUGUGACAAGGCCUUUGUCGUCAGCAACAAGCUCAAGAGGCACAUGCUUAGCCAUUCCGGCGUGCGUAGUUUUCACUGCGAGAUAUGCAAAGUAUCUUUCAUGCGACGCCCACACCUGAAUGCCCAUUACCGUUCAAAGGGCCACGAGCAGAAUGCACAAAAUUACGCUGAUUUGGCCAACAAUGUGGACAUCGAUAUAGAAAAUGUGCUACAAUAGAAUCUGUAAUUAGGCUUAGUUAGUUUGUAAGUCGUUUUAGGUGGCAAUCACUUUGUUUAAGCUUAUUUUAAGAGACAUUUGUCAAUGGUGUGCAGCUUCUUGCCAUUUGAGACCUAAGCAUACAUUUUAAAUGCGGCUAAUUAACUCGCUGUAGUUCUUUUAAUGAUUGUUUGUUCGAUUUGAAAAUGUCUGAUAAAACCAAUUAAUACAAUAUCGAAUUCGAA